GGCCCCGCCCCUCGCAGCGCGCAGAGCUUGUGAGGCCCUCCGCCGUGACGUGACCGUGACGCAGGCGUGUAGCAAGCGCGGCCGCUCCCGAGGCGCUGGCGCUGCCCCUGCCCCUGCCCCGCUCUUAGGCAGCGGUUGCUUGGCCUGUGUAGUCAGGCCUGGGCAGCACCUAGGCCUUCACUACUCGUCUUCCGGUGCCGGCCGCGCCCGCCAUGGACGACUACGCGGUUUUGUCGGACACCGAGCUGGCCGCAGUACUGCGCCAGUACAACAUCCCGCACGGGCCCGUCGUGGGCUCCACUCGAAAGCUCUACGAAAAGAAAAUCUUCGAGUAUGAGACCCAGAGGCGGAGGCUCUCGCCUCCCAACUCGUCUUCCUCCUCAUUCUCCUAUCGGUUCUCGGACUUGGAUUCAGCAUCCAUGGACUCGGAUAUGUAUGAUCUGCCCAAGAAAGAGGAUGCCUUACUUUACCAAAGCAAGGGCUAUAAUGAUGACUACUAUGAGGAGAGUUACUUGACCACCAGGACCUAUGGAGAACCUGAGUCUCUGGGCACUUCCAAGGGCUUCCGCCAACCAGUAACUUCACUCUCAGAUGCUGACACCUUCCACCACCAGGUGCGUGAUGACAAUCUUUUCUCUUCUUCUGAAGAGGAGGGCAAGGAUAGGGAACGCCCUGUAUAUGGCCGGGACAGCACCUACCAGAGCAUCGCACACUACCGUCCUGUUUCCAAUGUCUCCAGGAGCUCCCUGGGUCUAUCCUAUUAUCCUACAACCUCCACCUCUUCUGUGUCUUCAUCUUCUUCUCCCACCCCUUCAUGGCUUGCUCGCCGUGCCAUCCGACCAGAAAAGCAGGCCCCUGUGGCUGAUCUAGGCCAGGAUAGACAGGUCCCACUCUGGGGCCAGCUGCUGCUUUUUCUUGUGUUUGCUGCCUUCCUGCUCUUUGUUUACUACUCCAUGCAGGCCGAGGAAGGCAACCCCUUCUGGAUGGAUCCCUGAGUCUUGAUUUCUAAGCCAGCUCUUCUUGGAAGUCCUGGCUGACUGCCUUAGCAGUGUUUGCUGGGGGUGGGGGUGGGGCUUUUCUGUGUGUUCUAGCUUGGGGGGUGUGGGGCCUAGCCCAGGGCAGUGUUUCCCCCCACCCCACCCCCUGCCUCAUCCUGCCAGGGAGGCAGCAGACUUGGGCCCUCCACAGCUGAUUAGGCCUGGGUGUGCCUUCCUCUGGAACCUUCUGGCCCUGCUUGCCUCUAAUCCUUAGGGCCCAGGAGAGCAAGAGCUCAUUCCUCCAGAGGAGAAUAAAAUUGUUGUCAUGCAUGCCUCCUGUUCAUUGUCACCUUGUCAGGGAGAUUAACCAAAGGCUUCCCUGACUGUUUUCGUGGAUACAUAAUAAAAAGACUUGUUUAUUUUUAA